GUCAAUAAUCACAUUCACAAGAAGCAAAAAAGUGAAUUAUAAAAGUGCUUUUGCUUUUGCUGCUGCUAAUAGCGACUACUCUUCUCUUUCUCUCUUCAUCUAUCAGAUUCAAUCACUUGAAUUUCUCUUCCGAAGAACAAGUUGCAAUCUGUUGUUUUGGCGGGAAAUCCAACCGCAGCAACGACGUCGUAGUCAUCCAUGGGGGUUUCGGAGAACAGCAAGGGGUUGGUACUGGCGGUGGGUUCAAGUGCAUUCAUCGGCGCAAGCUUCAUCUUGAAGAAGAAGGGUCUUAAGCGUGCUGCUUCCCAUGGAACCCGUGCAGGAGUUGGUGGUUACACUUAUCUACUUGAACCACUUUGGUGGGCUGGCAUGGUAACAAUGAUUAUUGGGGAGAUUGCAAAUUUUGUUGCUUAUAUCUAUGCUCCAGCAGUUCUGGUUACUCCCCUUGGUGCACUUAGUAUUAUUGUCAGUGCUGUUUUGGCUCACUUCUUGUUGAAGGAACGGCUUCAGCAGAUGGGGGUGGUGGGGUGUGUAUCUUGCAUUGUGGGAUCGAUUGUUAUUGUCAUCCAUGCGCCGCAAGAGCAUACUCCAAACUCUGUCCUAGAAGUAUGGAAUCUGGCCACUGAACCAGCAUUCGUGGUUUAUGCAGUAGCAACAGUUUCAGCAGUUUUGGCCUUGAUUUUACACUUUGAACCUCGUUACGGACAGACUAAUAUGCUCGUCUACUUGGGAAUUUGCUCAUUAAUGGGCUCACUCACGGUUGUGAGCAUAAAGGCCAUUGGAAUUGCAAUAAAGCUUACACUUGAUGGGAUAAGUCAAGCAGCUUAUCCUCAGACUUGGUUUUUUGUUUCCGUGGCCACAAUAUGUGUCCUUACACAAUUGAAUUACCUUAACAAGGCUCUGGAUACAUUUAAUGCAGCAAUUGUUUCUCCUGUAUAUUAUGUAAUGUUCACAACUCUCACUAUUAUUGCCAGUGUAAUAAUGUUCAAGGAUUGGUCAGGUCAGGAUGCCAGCAGCAUAGCCUCUGAAAUAUGUGGAUUCAUCACUGUUCUUUCAGGAACAAUCAUACUGCAUGGGACUAGAGAAAAGGAAGAACGUAAUAUGCAAGGGAACUUGACAUGGUAUAUUGGUGAGGAUUCAACGAAGUGCAUUGAGGAUGAACACAUGAUCUUUAUACGUGAUUCGGAUUAUGAACGUGUUUCUUUUCGAGGUUGAUGUAAGAGAGCAUGUUCUAUCAACAAUACUAUGAAUUGAGCCUGCCCUGGGUCCAUGAUCUGGUGCAUUUGCUGUUUGGAUUGCAUGUCUUAGAUCCUGGAGAGCUUAAAUUCAAGCAUCCCAUGGUGCUAUAGUUUCUGACCAUUUCUCCACAGGCCGUGUUGCACAUGUGGCUGUUCGAUGGAGCCAUCUGAAAACUCGUGUGAUACGCUAAACGUGGUUCAAGUGCUGGAUCGUUUGAAACUGAAAUAGGAUUGCUGUGUCUCAUUGCAACCAUUGAGAUUUUUGGAGCGAUCUCAUGGCCUGUUCUACUGUCCAUGGGGGUCAAUGUGAUUUUACUUUUUCAAUUUCUGCAGAAAGUGAGUAAUUGUCUAUAUUGUCUGGUAAGUAUUUUCUCAUCUAAAUUAGAUUUGUAUAGUUUCUUUUUGCGAAUUUGGUAAAUGAUGUUGAUUGUAUUUUGUCGGCUUCUGCUAAAAUUAUUGGAAAUAUUUUUCUUCUCAUCUUCUGCAACAAAUGCUUGCCUAAUUUGAUGGAUGUGGUUUUGUUA